AUGGCAGACUGGAAGAACUACAUCAACAGUAUACUGAAGGACAAAAAUGUGGAAGACGUGGCCAUUGUGGGCCACGCCAAUAACAAGGCUGUCUGGGCAUCCAAGCCUGGUGGUAUAUUGGCUGCCAUUUCCCCACAAGAGGUCAGCAUGUUAAUUGGGCAGGACCGUAAGGCUUUCUUGCAAACGGGCAUCACCAUCGGAGGGAAGAAAUGCUCCGUCAUCAGGGACAACCUCCUGGUCAACAAUGAUGGGGUGAUGGAUGUUAGGAUGAAAGGCGGACAAGGCAAGAGCAUCUGCAUUGGCAAAACCAUCAAGACCAUGGUGUUUGUAAUGGGCAAAAGGGGGGUCCACGGUGGAGUCCUCAACAAGAAGGUGCAUGAGAUGGAUACCUAUCUGAAGCAGAAGGGCAUCUGA